AAGACGGUCCGUCCCAGUGUAACAUCCCGCUGGCCGGGAGCUUUGCGUUUGGCCAGGGAGCUGACCGGCAGCAGGUGUGGUGUCUGGUGGGCAGUCUGUUCCAGAAGUCAGUGGACGUACUGAGACUGACCGUGCCAGCACACGAGGGUCUGGGCCAAAGGCUGGAAUCGCUAAGCCUUUCCUCACCAGUUGUAGACGAUGGAGCCGGUGGGGAGGGGGGCACUGUGGAAAUAAGCGUGCUCUCUAGCACACCGCUGUCUGAAAACUCCCCACUGAGGUCAGAACUGGUGCCAAGAAGCAAAGAAACCAGCUCAGGAAAGCAAAAACAAGAGGCCAUCUGGCAACCAAACCUAAAGGACAAGUGGGAGAUCAGCCACUGACAUUCAAAAGUAAAGUCAAGUCCUCAGGCUACACCCAAGCACCAAGAAUGAAGAUGUUCACUCCAAGCACGAGGCCAACCAAAGGCAGCCCAACUACAAAUAGAGCUGGGACCAAGUCUACUGGAGGAGACAGGCCAGGUGUGAGGGAGUUCCCCAUGGCCAGCGGACCUCCUGUCAGUCUGCAGAAGAAACUGGAGGCUGCGGAGAGGCCCACGCCCAUCAACAACAUCACCUUCUCAGAUGAUGGGACCUUCCUAGCCUGCGGACUGGCCAACAAGUCAGCUCUGGUCCUCAAGAUGCCAGGACUCACCAAACCUCUCAGUGUCACAGGUCACAACGCAGCUGUGACGUCUGUCAGCUGGAGUAAGGAGGGAAGAUGGCUGUUGACAGCCUCAGAUGAUAAAACAGCCUCUGUCUGGUCCACUGGCCAAUCAGAGCCCAUCCUGACCUUCUCAUCAACCAAUCACAACUUUGCAGUGGACAAAGAUGAUGGAAAACUAGCAGCCAAGGAGAACCGUCCCUUCCCCCACCCAGUGAGACAUGCCCAGUUCUACUACAUGGACAAGUUUGUCCUACUGACCUGUGGCAGUGCCAUCAGCAUGUUCAAGUUCCACCUGGACCCAACAAAAGAUGACAUCAAAAGGUAUCAAACCAAAAGUCACUACAAGCUGGUGAAGACACUGACAAUGGAGAAGACACAACAGAUAACAGCUCUGUCUGCUGUCAACGGCUUCUACUCCUACAUUGUUUUGUGUGCAGGGUCAAACAAGAGCAUGGAGGUGUUUGACAUGAAUGUUGCCAGAAGCGUCCGAACCAUCCCAGACGCGCAUACCAGGCCGGUGCAUGCUAUCUGCCAGAACAAAGGGUCAGCCUACGUGUCUCACCCCUCCAGCGCCUAUGACCUGUUCCUGACAAGCGCGCUAACAGACGGCAUCAAACUGUGGGACCUGCGGACAAACAGGUGUGUACGGCGCUAUGAAGGGCACCUGAACCGUGCGUACCCCUGCGGUCUGGCCAUGAGCCCCUGUGCGCGCUUCAUCGCCACCGGAGCCGAGGACAAAUCGGCAUACAUCUAUGAUGUGAGAGAGAGCGGUCCCUUGCACAAGCUGACAGGUCACACUGAUGUGGUUUCGGACGUAGCCUUCAAUCCACUCACACCUCAGCUGGUGACAUCAUCGGUGGAUGGAAAAUUACACUCCUAUGUGGAGAACAGAUGACCGUGUUCCUGUAUCACACAAAUGAAUGGGUAACAGUUCUGCUCAGCAGUUGAAGACAGUGCACGGUGCACCCCACCUACAUGGUUCCAGGCAGGAGGUACCCACACUAGUGUUGGCACCAUUCUACAGUUGUGAUUGCCAUCUACUCAAGCUCUCAGUGCACUGUGAACAUGUUUCUCAAAUAGGUAAUUGCCUCAAUGUCAAGCCGUUGACAGGCAGUAUAAUUGUCUCAGUCCAGAUUGCCAUUUGCUGUGCAGUCAAACCUGCCAAGAAGACCACUCAGGGAGCUGGUAAAAUCUAGUCUAUGUGAACAGGAUUCUUUAUACAUGUACUUGUUUCAAGGGGCAUAAUUAUCAAAGGGACCAUAAUAAAGAGGUCAUGAUUUUUUUGACCAGGUGGUUCUUAUGUAGAGGUGGUCACUUGUACAGGUUUGACUGUAGUACAAUUGUUGGUACUUUUGUUCCCCUAGAUACAAGAGUUGUGUUGCCUAUAG